AUGGAGGUGCUCGGCGAAAAGAUGAAUGAGGACUCGUCCGAAGUGGAAUCGACUGAUCGAAGACAGCAACUGGCUGACAAUUCAACUGAGCAGACUGAUGCCAACAGUGCCAUCGAUGAAGGGAUGGUGCACGACACAGUGGAUGCGAUAAACACCACGUCCCCAAUGAUCACUGAUCUUGAUGCAUCACGUGAAUGUGUGAUUCAGGAUCAUCAAAUAUCAUCGACCUGCGUCCCUAACGAGACGUCUCUGAAACAGUGGCUGCAACUAGCCGAUCUGAAACUUCACAAAGUCGGUCACAAGUCAGCCCGCUUCAGAUUGAAAUGA